GAGAGAGAGAGAGAGAGAGAGAGGAGAGAGAGAGAGAGAGAGCGCCGUCUGUAAAGCGGAUGGAUCGGCGCUAGAGCAGAGUGUCAUUGCAGACAUGGGUCCUCGCGCUCAGCUCCUCGGGGACUGUUUCCACGGUCGGUCCUUCGGCGCCGGGAAUGGCGCUGUGAUGCUGAGCGCGGAAGACGCAGCGGAGGCGGAUGCCAGGGAAUAAAGAAAUAUAUGAUCACCUGUGCUUUUCUUUGGGUUGGAUUUUUAGUAGCGGUGGACAGUACCAUGGUGAAUUACCAGAAAUACAUUACUGUUAUGCAGCUGGCUCUGGGGGUGACCGCCUCCAACAAAGAACACUGUCUCCCACCCAGGAAGCGUAUGUGGAUACACCCCAGCCCGACCGCUGGCUCCAUCACAGCAGCCUCCUCAGUGAGCACCAUUCAGGGCAAACCGUCACUCCGCCGCAUCAAGGGCCGCAUUCACAGGAGCAAGAGCCUGGACAGCAUUGAUCUGCUUGACUCCAAUAGUGCAGCAAUGGAGGAAACUGUCAUUUGGGAACAGCACACAGUAACACUGCACAGGGCACCAGGGUUUGGCUUCGGUAUCGCCAUUUCAGGAGGUCGGGAUAACCCUCAUUUUCAGAGUGGCGAGACCUCCAUCGUCAUCUCUGAUGUGUUGAAAGGAGGCCCAGCAGAAGGCCUACUGCAGGAAAAUGACAGAGUUGUUAUGGUCAAUGCUGUCUCCAUGGACAAUGUGGAGCACGCGUACGCCGUCCAGCAGCUUCGUAAAAGUGGGAAAAUUGCCAAAAUUACAAUCAGACGGAAGAGGAAGGUGCAUGUCCCCAUGGGCCGCCUGGGGGAGAGGGAGACCAUGUCGGAGCACGACGAGGAGGAGGACAGUUACGAUGAAGAGAUCUACGACACGCGAAGCGGACGCAGCGCCACUUACAGCGGUGUGGGCGGGGCCAUGGGCAGGCGCAGUGGCCGGAGCAGCGGGCGGAGGGACAGGGAACGCGAGCGCAGCGGCUCGCGGGAAAGGAGUCUCUCCCCGCGCUCGGACCGCCGCUCACACAACCUGCCCCCUCGUCCCGCAAAGGUCACGCUUGUCAAAUCCCGCAAAAAUGAAGCAGAAUAUGGUCUUCGCCUGGCCAGCCACAUCUUUGUCAAGGACAUUUCCCCCGAGAGCCUGGCAGCCAGAGACGGCAACAUCCAGGAAGGAGAUGUUGUUCUGAAGAUCAAUGGCACAGUGACAGAAAACCUCUCCUUGAUAGACGCCAAGAAGCUGAUAGAAAGGUCAAAGGGCAAGCUAAAAAUGGUUGUGCAGAGGGACGACAGGGCGACCCUGCUGAACAUCCCCGACCUCGAUGACAGCAUUCCUUCAGCCAACGCCUCCGACCGAGACGACAUUUCAGAUAUCCAUUCUAUGGGAUCCGACCAUUCCAAUCGAUCGCACGACAGACAUCGUAGCAGCCGCUCGCGCUCUCCGGACAGGAGAUCUGAACCCUCAGACCACUCCAGACACUCGCCCCCGCAAAUCAGCAAUGGCAGCUGGAGAAUACCUCACAGAAGUCGUGACGACGAUCGGAUCUCAAAGCCGGCUUCAACUCCAGUGAAGCUACCAGAGGAGCUUCCCCUCCCCAAACCGAAGGAGUCGGCUACUUCUAGAGAGGAGAAACCGCUCCCACCACUCCCAGAGCCCAAACCCGUGUACGCUCAGCCUGGACAGCCAGAUGUAGACCUGCCAGUCAGUCCCUCUGAUGCCCCGGUGCCGAGUGCUGCUCAUGACGAAAGCAUCCUACGGCCAAGCAUGAAGCUUGUGAAGUUCAGGAAGGGAGAGAGUGUGGGGCUGCGGCUGGCCGGGGGGAAUGAUGUGGGCAUCUUUGUAGCUGGAGUGCUUGAGGACAGCCCAGCUGCUAAAGAGGGCCUGGAGGAGGGUGACCAAAUUCUCAGGGUAAAUAAUGUAGAUUUUGCAAACAUAAUCCGAGAGGAGGCGGUGCUGUUCCUCCUUGACCUUCCUAAGGGGGAAGAGGUCACCAUUCUUGCCCAGAAGAAGAAAGAUGUGUAUCGGCGGAUUGUGGAGUCAGACGUUGGUGACUCCUUCUACAUCCGGACCCACUUUGAGUACGAGAAGGAAUCUCCGUAUGGGUUAAGCUUCAACAAGGGCGAGGUGUUCCGUGUGGUGGACACCCUCUACAACGGGAAGCUGGGCUCCUGGCUGGCUAUUCGCAUCGGCAAGAAUCACCAGGAGGUGGAGAGGGGCAUCAUCCCCAACAAGAACAGAGCGGAGCAGCUGUCCAGCGUGCAAUACACUCUCCCCAAAACAGCCGGGGGCGACAGGGCCGACUUCUGGAGGUUCCGUGGUCUUCGGAGCUCAAAGAGGAACCUGAGGAAGAGCAGAGAGGAUCUCUCGUCCCAGCCAGUCCAGACAAAGUUCCCAGCUUAUGAAAGAGUUGUACUGAGAGAGGCCGGGUUUCUGAGACCGGUGGUGAUAUUUGGGCCGAUCGCUGAUGUUGCCCGAGAAAAACUCUCCAGAGAAGAGACUGAUCUUUUUGAGCUUGCAAAGAGUGAACCGAGAGAUGCAGGAACAGACCAGCGUAGUUCAGGAAUCAUUCGUCUUCACACCAUCAAGCAGAUCAUUGACAGAGACAAGCAUGCUGUCCUGGACAUCACCCCGAACGCUGUGGACAGGCUGAAUUACGCUCAGUGGUACCCGAUCGUAGUCUUCCUAAACCCUGAUACUAAGCAGGGUGUGAAGAACAUGAGGACCAGACUGUGUUCAGAGUCCAGGAAGAGUGCCAGGAAGCUCUAUGAGAGAGCCAUCAAACUGAGGAAGAAUAACCACCACCUGUUCACCAGUGAGUGUGCCACUAUCAACAUGAACAAUAUGAAUGAUGGCUGGUACGGAGCUCUGAAGGAGACAAUCCAGCAACAGCAGAACCAGUUGGUGUGGGUGUCAGAGGGCAAGGCGGACGGCACCACGGAGGAUGACCUGGACAUCCACGACGACCGCCUGUCCUACCUGUCCGCGCCAGGGAGCGAGUACUCCAUGUACAGCACGGACAGCCGCCACACCUCUGACUACGAGGACACGGACACGGAGGGCGGGGCGUACACAGACCAGGAACUGGACGAGACCCUGAACGACGAGGUGGGCCUGCCCACGGAGCCCGCCAUCACCCGCUCCUCCGAGCCGGUGCGAGAGGACCCACCCGUGAUUCCGGACACCCCUGGUUACCCCGGUUACCAGCACCCUGUGCAGCCCGACCUGGCCGGCCGCAUCGACCCCGCUGGGUUCAAGAUGGCCGCUCCGCAACAGCGAGAUGAGGCGGUGGUAGCGCCCCCUGCCCUUGAGCGGCCUGUACAGCUUGAGGGUUUGCACCUAGAGGAGACGCCUGCUGCUGCAGCCGCAGCUCCUCCUAUGGCCGACUCACUUAGCAGCCCCAGCCCUGCCCCUGAGCUUAUUCAGCCCCCGCCAACACCACUUGAACCCCACCCGUCUGGACCGCCUGGUCCAGAACCAAAGAUGUACAAGAAAGAUCUGUACAAUAUGGACGACCCGGUGCGAAUCCACCACGGCCUGAAGCAGUCUCUGAGUUACUGUCACCAGCCGCCGUACCAGGACAAACAGCCAUACCGCGAAUACGACCACCCGCCUUACGGGUACGACGGAGGCGGCUUCACCGAACCAAAGCCUCACAACACCGACCCCCACCUGCACUACGACAACCGUGUGCCUCAUUACAACGAGCAGUGGGCCCCCUAUGACCAGCAGACCCCGUCCUCCCAGCCCGCAGGGUACCAGCCGGGCCACCAGCAACCCGUGGGCUACAACGCCCGGUCGCCCUACGACGACGGGCCGGGCAGGGACUACAGCCCCACUCAGCCGUGCUACGAUGAGGCCCCCCCGGUGGGCUACGACGGCAGACGACGGCACAGUAAAGCAGGGCCCAUUCGUUACGAUGAGCCCCCGCCUCCGGCCGGCUACGACGCCCGCUCCCCUUACGAGGCGGAGCCUCGCGGCUUCCCCGUUAGUUCACCUCGCUCGCCGGAGCCCCCAAAGCAGUAUUACAGUGAGUCCGGUCUGAGGCCCACCUUCAUUCCUGGGCCUGCAAACCGGGGCUUUAAGCAAGGGAUGCACGACCCCAUGAUGAACUCUGAACACCCAAUUCCCCCCCAUAAACCAGAGAGCCUGCCCUCCCCCGGCGAGCCAGCGACCACUCCGGGCUCCAAACCCCUCCCUCCGCCUCCACGGGAAGACCUGGACGACGACCCGGCCAUGAAGCCACAGUCGGUGCUCAACAGAGUAAAGAUGUUUGAGAAUAAACGGUCUGUUUCUGUGGACAGGGCUAAAGAAGGAGGAGAAUCGGCUCUCAGACCUGCAGAUGUUCCCAAACCUGUGAUUGCACCUGGCCCAGUCCUCAAAGCCAAUUCCCUGUGCAACCUGGAGCAGGAGAAAUCCACCUAUCGGGGCCCUGAGCCACAAAAGCCCCAUACUAAACCCCUGGAUGAUGUAAUGCGUUCUAACCACUAUGACCCAGAUGAGGAUGAGGAGUACUACAGGAAGCAGUUGUCCUACUUUGAUCGCCGUAGCUUCGACAGCAAGGCCAUGGGCCAACCCAACCCUGGCAUCCACCGCUUCCACGAUCUGCCCAAACCAGCUCAGCUGUCCUACCCGUACAACAGAGUGGAGUCCGUAGAGAAGGUGAGUGGAGUGGAGAAGAGAUAUGAACCCUUGCCCCAAAUCAGCCCAUCGUCACAGUACGGGCCCCCGGGGUCCGCCGUCCCGCCCAACGCACUGCUCAAGCUCAGCCCCAAUGACGCGAACUGCAUCCCCGAGCCAUUGAGUUCCCCCAAACCCGAGCUGCCGGCCCUCCGGCCGGCCAGCAGGGACGAGCCCGCCCCCGGGGGCUACCCGCCCCCGAGGGGCCUCCCCGAGAAGUCCCCGGUCAACGGCACUGACGCUGCACCGCCAAAGACGCUGGGCGCCCCCCCUCCAGCGAGCUAUAACCGCUACGUCCCCAAGCCGUACACCAGCUCAGCCCGGCCCUUUGAGCGCAAGUUUGAGAGUCCCAAGUUCAACCACAACCUGCUGCCCAACGACACACCGGUGAAGACGGAGCUCCCCAGUAAAUCCGCUGUGGUGAGCAACAGCAGUGGGAGGCCUGCGCUGUCCCCGCAGCCCCCGGACCACGACAGCGGCCUGGACACCUUCACACGCACCAUGGACAACAGGCCCAAAUACCAGCACAAUAACAUCAACGCCAUUCCCAAGGCCGUCCCUGUAAGCCCCAGCACGCUGGACGACGACGACGACGAAGGGCACACGGUGGUGGCCACCGCCCGGGGGAUCUUCAACGGUAACGGAGGGGUCCUGAGCUCCAUCGAGACGGGCGUCAGCAUCAUCAUCCCCCAAGGCGCCAUCCCCGAGAGCGUGGAGCAGGAGAUUUACUUCAAGGUGUGCCGGGACAACAGCAUCCUGCCCCCCCUCGACAAGGAGAAAGGAGAAACGCUGCUCAGUCCACUGGUGAUGUGCGGCCCGCAUGGACUCAAGUUCCUGAAGCCGGUGGAGCUGCGCUUACCUCACUGUGCGUCUAUGACCCCUGAUGGUUGGUCUUUUGCUCUAAAAUCCUCCGACUCCUCGUCGGGUGAUGCCAAAACCUGGCAGAACAAAUCUCUCCCCGGAGACCCAAACUACAUGGUGGGUGCAAACUGUGUGUCUGUGCUCAUCGACCACUUCUGAAGAGGGCGACAGCUGGCCUGUAACUGAAUGUGAUAAACAGUGGGGCCUUCGGUGCUUUCAAGGCUUGCAAAAAAUAGAUUCAAAUAAAGGAAGUGAAGUCGGAAUGCAUGACCAGUGCCACAGACUGAAUGAUCUCAUUUUGACUUUUGUAGCUAAUUUUUUUUAAAGGUCAGAGCGGUGCAGAAAAAAAGAGUAUUUUGGACCUCAUUUAAUAUUACAAUGGGAUUUUUGUGUACUGUAAAAAAAAAUAAUAAUAAAGAAAAGAAAAAAUAAACACUCACAAACAGCAAAGUUGGUAUAUGCAAAACUUUUGUUUGUGAGUUGUGUGGUCAUGCGUUUCACUCGUGAGAAUCUCUUGAGGAAUGCUGAGCGCAUCUCAUGAAGGAGGACGCAGGCAUCAUAAAGAUUAAAAAAAGAAUAAAGUGAAUGAAGGUUAAGUAUUAUUAGCGGACGCCCGUUUGUUCUGACGGGGCUCCGUCUCUGUUUAAAACUGAUGUUUUGUAGCAAUGUUUUACCGUGCUAAAAUAUACUGACUUGAUUUUACAAACUCCUGCUGUCUAGAGAUCUAUGCAUGUGCUAUGACUCAGGUCCAGAAGCCUGCUACCACUUAGUUCAACACAUGAAAAUCCCAUCGUACACUGCAAGCAGUGAUGCCUUAUCUGCAUAUUAACUUUUCAGUGAAACUUUAAAACAUCAGUUCCUUCAGUUAUAGCGAUCACUACGGGAGAAAAAGUCGUCUCUGCAUUUUCUCAUAAACCCUGAACUUGGAUUUAGCACACGAGAAUAGUUGAGGCUGAUGAAAAGGUAUGCUUUCUUUUACUGCUAUGCAUAUGAAGUCUGUGGAAAUACAAAAAGAUAGAAGAUGAUUCAAUUGUUGCUGUAAAUAUUGCUAGUAUAUGGCCUUGGUUCUCUGUAAAUGAACUUUUGUACAUCUUUGUUAUUUUGUAUAAAAGAUAAAAUGUUUGUUUAAAAAGAGAAAGCGGUUACAUUGGUUAUGUUUCUAUUCUGGUUAUACCCCUGAGCCUUGGAACUGACAUAAGCAGUAAUAAGUCUGACUUUUCUACCAACAUAUAAACACACACACACUACUUUAGGCAUUUUUGACAGUCAGAAAACUUUUUAUUCUUAUUUACAAAAUAGAGAAGUGCUUGGUUUAAAUGAUUUUAAAAGAUGUACUUGGGGGGGUCUGCUGUGACGAGUGGUCCCUCCCUUUAUUUGUGAUACUGGAUGCUGUAUUGUGUGCCCUGAAAUGUAUUUUUGUACUAAUAGACAAUUUAUUAUGGCACAUUGGUACUAUUUUCUUUUGAUAUAACACCGCUUCAACCCAACACUAGUUUAUUUUCCUGUGUGGCUGACAUUUUUAUUUCCUUGGUUCAACUUUUAUUUGUCAUUCUGCACAUUUCUAGGUAUACCACUGUAUUAAUAAAUAAAUUCAUUUUUAAAGAAACUA